CUCUGCAAGGCCGUCGGUCCGUCCGCCCGCCCUCCCGGCGCUCCUCCGCUCUGGCCCCGCUAUCCCGGCCGCGCACGUCGCUUCCUCGGUCCCGGCCGCCGCUAGCCGGCUCCCCGCCCCCGGGCCGGCCGCCGCCGCCGCUACUCGAGGCCGAGGAUUGGCAGUGCGCGUAGGCCGCGCCGCCGCCGCUGGAGCCGGAAUAAAGGGGCAGCGGAGAGAGCAGCCGGACGCCACAAGCCCCGCGUCCGACCCCGCGGGCGGCCUGGAGCAGAAGCAAUCAUCGGGGAAGGCAGAACCUUUCUGGCAUUGCUGGCACCCUGCCUCGAAGAGCCCCCUGUCCUGCAGACAGAGCCUUGUAAUCUGUCUUGGUUAACGAGUUGGGCGGUCUGACCAGUCCCUCUUCUGUGCCUUGCCCGAGGUUUUUGUCCGUACCUGGUCCUAGGCAGCCUCUGUCCGGGUUGGAUCACCUUAAGUGGGAAACUGAAGCCAUUACUCUCCAAGCCCUGUUUCAUCCUCGCAAGCAUGUCCGAGAGCUGGCAGCAGCCUCCGCAGACGCAGCCCCAGCAGCCGCAGCCGCCGCAGCCGCAGCACCACGCCGAGCCCCCGCCGGCCCUGGCCGAGCACUCGCUGCCUCCAGGCUCAGCUGAGAACCCCCUGGGCUGCGCUGUCUACGGCAUCCUCCUGCAGCCCGACCCGGGCCUCCAGCCCCCGCAGCACGCGCCCCUGCAGGCAGCCGGCGAGCCGGGCCCCAAGUGCGGCGUGUGCGGUCACGACCUGGCGCACCUCUCCAGCCCGCAUGAGCACCAGUGCCUGGCGGGCCACGACCGCUCGUUUCAGUGCACGCAGUGCCUCAAGAUCUUCCAUCAGGCUACCGACCUGCUGGAGCACCAGUGCGUGCAGGCUGAACAGAAGCCUUUUGUCUGUGGCGUCUGCAAGAUGGGCUUCUCGCUGCUCACCUCGCUGGCGCAGCACCACAGCGCGCACAGCGGCACCGGUGGCCUUGUGAAGUGUUCCAUCUGCGAGAAGACCUACAAGCCGGCCGAGGCCGCCGAGCCCGCGGCCACCGCCGCCUCCUCACUGCCCCCCGCAGCCGCGCCACCCGCCGUCGCCCCCGCCGAACAGGCCGACAAGCCCUACAGCUGCUCCAUCUGCCAGAAGCCCUUCAAGCACCUGUCGGAGCUGUCGCGGCACGAGCGAAUCCACACGGGCGAGAAGCCAUACAAGUGCACACUGUGCGACAAGAGUUUCAGCCAGUCGUCCCACCUGGUGCACCACAAGCGCACUCACAGCUCCGAGCGGCCGUACAAGUGCGCGGUGUGCGAGAAGACCUUCAAGCACCGCUCCCACCUGGUGCGCCACAUGUACGCGCACUCGGGCGAGCACCACCUGUUCCGCUGCAACGUGUGCGAGCUGCACUUCAAGGAGUCCUCGGAGCUGCUGCAACACCCGUGCACGCCGAGUGGGGAGCGGCCCUUCCGCUGCGGCGAGUGCCAGAAGGCCUUCAAGCGGCCGUCGGACCUGCGGCAGCACGAGCGCACGCACAGCGCGGAGCGGCCUUUCAAGUGCGACCUGUGCCCCAUGGGCUUCAAGCAGCAGUACGCGCUCAUGCGGCACCGGCGCACGCAUAAGACCGAGGAGCCCUUCAAGUGCGGCCUGUGUGAGAAGGGCUUCGGGCAGCCCAGCCACCUGCUCUACCACCAGCACGUGCACACCCUCGAGACCCUCUUCAAGUGCCCCGUGUGCCAGAAGGGCUUCGACCAGUCGGCCGAGCUUCUGCGGCACAAGUGCCUGCCGGGCGCCGCCGAGCGGCCCUUCAAGUGCCCCGUGUGCAACAAGGCCUAUAAACGCGCGUCGGCGCUGCAGAAGCACCAGCUGGCCCAUUGCUCGGCAGCCGAGAAGCCCCUGCGCUGCACCCUGUGCGAGCGCCGCUUCUUCUCCUCCUCGGAGUUCGUGCAGCACCGCUGCGACCCAGCCCGCGAGAAGCCACUCAAGUGCCCGGACUGCGAGAAGCGCUUCAAGUACGCGUCGGACCUGCAGCGGCACCGGCGCGUGCACACGGGGGAGAAGCCCUACAAGUGCCCCAAUUGUGACAAGGCCUUCAAGCAGCGCGAGCAUCUCAACAAGCACCAGGGUGUGCACGCCCGCGAGCAGCAGUUCAAGUGCGUGUGGUGCGGCGAGCGCUUCCUGGACGUGGCCCUGCUGCAGGAGCACAGCGCGCAGCACAGCGCGGCUGCGGCAGCUGCAGAGGGCGCCUACCAGGUAGCCGCCUGCCUGCCCUGAGUGCGCGCCUCGGCCCCCAUCCCGUCCCAGCCCGGGCUCCUCGCAGUGAGCCCUCCACCCAGCCCCGGCCCGGUGGUUGAGGCCCUGGGCCCUGCACCCAGAGUGACCCUGAGAACAGAGGGCCCAGGGCUGCCCUGGGGGGGGGGGGGCUGGGGGUGGAAGUGGGGGCCUGGAGGUGGGGGAGCCAGAUUGCUGGGACUGGUCCUGAUCCCACAAACCUCUUUCCAUUUCAAGAUUCCUUUUCUUGAGAGCCAUCAGCGCCCCCUCCCUUGUCUCUGGGGGCUUGGAACCAGGCUGGAAAUCAAGUGGCCUCUCUCUACCCGGCAGAGGGAUUGGUGCCAGCCCAAUGUUCCCAAACUUUUCAGCCCAACUAGAAACCAGAUAGUUUAGGAAGGAGGAUGGCCAUGGUAGGGCCUGAGAGAAGGGCUGGGACCCCAUAGGUGGGGUGGACCCUCUUUCAAGUUGCUGCUUGAGGGAGAAGGCCAGCUUUGUGAUACAGUCCUGGGGACCAGGGGAGCACGCGGUGAGCCGCAGGCCUGUCUGUCUCCAGCUAGGGGCGAUGUGCCCUUUGGUUUCUGAUACUGAGACGGAACAGGAGGGCUGCACGGCUGUGAGCCGGGUCUGCCUGGAGACAACUGGCCCAGCCCGAAGGGAGGAGGCAGAGACGUUUUCCUGUGACACAAUCAGCCAGGGACAGUGCCAUCCACAGGGAAAGGACGAAAGGCAGCUUUUGUGCGGAGGGCUAAUCUUGCUGUCCCAGAAGCACCCCUCCUACUCCUGCAGCGUGGUUCCAAGCUCUGGGCAACGUGGUUCCAAGCUCUGGCUCACGGCCAGACAGGACUGCUGACGUGAAAGAAGGGGAUUGUUAGACCACCGUGGUGCCUGGGAGGAAGCAGGGCCAAGCCCACGAUCUUACCAGUGGAUGCAAACAAGUGUCCUGCCCCUUGAAUGUGUGAACCAAAGUGUCAAGGGUGUGGCUCCAAUCAGCUUGCCUCUGCUCUGCUUCUGGGCCAAGACCAGGCCUGGGCACCCGAGGUGGGGGAGGUGAAAGGACUCUGAUCCCACAGUGCUCUCCCAGCCCGUGGGCACCGUCCCCACAGUCUGGCUGUUGGCCUGGACUCCAGGGGUCUUGCACUGUCCUGGACAACAUCCAGUGACUUCCAAGGCCAGAGCAUUCCCUCUGGGGUCCCUCUAGGUCUCCGGCUGACCUCCGGGGCUCAUGGAAUCAAGGGUGUCUGGGGCAAUAGGGAGCUGGGGAAGGGGGUUGUUAAGGAAACCGGUAGGUGGCUGGAAUCGACUGGCCAGCAGGGACCCUCCUUAGGAAGCCCCAGGACCUAUAAUAUCAAAGUGAUUCUUUUGAGCCCUGCCCCCUUCCGGCCCUCCUCCUUGAGUGUGGGUCUCGAAAGACUUUAAUCAGUGCUCGCACCAAGGGCCCAGAGGAGCAGGGAGGCCCCCUUGUUUCACUGUCACCUUGAGAAGGCUGAAGAGGCCACAGCUGCCUCCUCUAUGGGACUGGGCUCCCUUCCUGUGCCUGCAGAAAGGGGCCGGUCCUUCCCCUCGGUGCUGGCUCCCCGUCACAAUGCCUCAAAAGACAUGGAACCCAGGCCGACCACAGGCCCAACUGCUCAUUUUCCCCCCUUUCCUUUUGCUUUCUAAAAGCAGUUGUUAUACUGUUCAUAACAUUGUAUAGUUUAAUUUCAUGUCAUUUUGGAUCUUCUAUUAAAAUGUGAAAAUUUGGAUUUUUAAAAAGAACGACUCCACUUUAGAUAGCCCCUUUUGAUGUUAAUAUAUAGUGAGUCCAAUGUAUGCUUUAGAAGUAAAGACAUUGACCAUCACAGACCAAAGCACUGCUUUUUCUGGUCAUUCUUGCACUGGGGGAUGAGGGGGCAUGGAGAGGGAGAGACAGAUGUGCCAGCCAGGCUGGCAGGCUUGGGGCUGCGACAUAAGACUGGGUUUGAAUCCCGAGUUUUGAAUGCUCUGGUCAUGUGACUUCGGGCAAGUCACUACACCUCUUUGCCUCGCAUAGUUGCUGUGAGAAUUAAAGGGCCUCACGGAUGGAGGCCCUGGUUAGGCAAGCUGUGAAGGUGCUCAUCGGGGCCCCAGGGAAUAGGCCUGCGGCCUCUUGGCCUUCCUAGGGGUCUAACUGCAGUUUCCACAGAGGGAGCUGGGCUGUGAGGGACGGACAGCUUGUGGAUGGUCAGAAGCUGGGAGCCUGGCCUAGGAAGCACCAGUGCUGGCUGAGCCCCAGUGGAGAACCAGGGCUUGCCCGGGCAGCAGUGGCCCCAGCCAGAUGCCCUGCCCCAGAGGGUUGCCACCUCUCACCCGGUCACAUGGCCAUUUGCAUGUCCAUGUCCCCCUUUGGCCUUCCAGCACAACUUUCUUCUGUUCCCUUGCCCCAGUGCCCCUGUGGGCCAGCUGUGACUUGAGCUCCUUCCGUUUCUCAAGGGCAGGGGUGGAGGUGGGGAGAGAGGGAGAAACAGCCUGCCCAAGUCUGGGCAUCUGAGAGCCAGUGGAGGGGGGUUGCUGGGUAUUUGACCAAACACCCUGUCCUGGAAAUGGGGGUGGUGGGAGCAGAAAGUCAAGAGGACAAAGAGCUGCUCGUGCCACAGGGGGGGCAGAAGUCUUAGUGGAAGGGCCGAGGGGGACACCCGAUAUGACCCAGACCCCACACUCUACUUUUCCCCUCCGUGUGUGCUCAUGGGAGGACCUCCUUCGAGGAGCCAUGUGGAUCCUUCCUGCAGGUGUCCCCCUGUCAGCAAGAGGACACUCAGGCCCCUUGUCUCUCCAGCUUUCCUUCUAGCUGAGUGAUCUUAGGCAAAAACCACCCACGUUGCAGAGAUUCCCGGAAAGCACUGGCAUGUGUUUGGUGCUUUAUAGCUUCAGGUUGUCCUUCCUGAAUGGAGUGGUCUCAGUGUGCCCUGGGGCAGCAGGAGCCCUGGCAGGCUAUAGCGGAGCCCAGGAGCCCACAAUGACGUUCUCUUUUUCUGUCCCCACCCCCACCUCUUUGCACAAAACAGUGGAGCUCCUAUGGCUCCCACCUGGCCCUCAGCCUCAGGGCUCUAGCCUGUGUCAAAACCAGGGCAGUGAAUGGAGCCUGGGAGCCUGGAAGUCUGUUCAAGUUCAACUCCUAGUCUUUUGAUAAAAAGUGACCCCAGGCAUCUGUCAACUGCCUCUCCUCGGGCCUCAAUUCCCCAUCUGAAGCUGAGGUCUUGACUCUGAUCUCUGAAGUCCUUAGAGACCUGACACUCUGAUUCUGGGAAGGUGAUAGGAUCAAGCUGUGUCCCCUUUUCCUCUCCCUGCCUCUCCCAGCCUCCAGCCUGCUGUCCUGCUGCCUCAGUGUGGCUUCAACUGUAAGUGACAGAGACAGCAUAGCCAGGCGUAAGCAGCAGCAAGCGGCCCGCGUCUCCCCCCUACCUGCCCAGGAGCCCCACAGCCGUGUGCCAUGGCUGAUGUGAGCCUCCCGCUUGUAGAGCAUAGCAUUUUCAGGAGGGGACUUCAGACAUGGUGACUAGGGGUGUGAACUAGUACUACCUCCUUCAGUCUCUGGGCAGUCAUUCCCUUUGCCCCAGCCACUGAUAGAAUAGGAAGAGGGUGGUUCCUUGAGGCGAGAGGUGACAUCUGGAUGACAGCCAGAGCUGGGAGGAGCAAGAGGGACAGGCCGACACACACCUCCCAUUUUGGAAUUAGUACCUCGCCCCUGCCUGGGGACGGAGGUGCUGCACUGGUGGGGUGGAUGGGGGAGAGGGUGGCAUUCUCCAUGGUCCUAGAAGUCCUUGCCAGGGCCACCAAAGAGCUUUGUCACUCUCCCAUUGUGGCUGGCUGUGUGCUUGGCCCUGCACAGGGGUCAGGGGAACCCCACUCUUUGGGGGUGGAGCCUGUGCUCACGAACCUUGGUGGCAGUGGCGCGGUGUCGUGGUGAAGAGUCAGAUCUGGCUAGCGUCCCCACUCUGCCACUUGUCAGCAACAAAGCUCUGGGCAGGUGGCUGGACUUCUCUGAGCCCCGUUUUCCUCAUCGGUGAAACGGAGCCAGUGCUGCUCUGAGUGUAGGGUGAAGGCACAGUGAAAUGGCUUGUGUGCAGGGUUGGGCCCAUAGUGGCCACUCAGGAAAGCAGAACAAUGGGAGGUCAGAGGCUGAAGGGAGCUGGCCUAACUCUUUCAUCUGAACAUCAGGGCUCUUCCCCACCCCAACUGGCCACUCCACUCCUAAGCCCUUUUCCAUCCGCCAGCUGGUCAGAGCCUCGUAUCAUCUCCCCGAGACGAGCAGGACAGACUUGAGUAUGCCCUUUGGGCUGACCCCUGAGAAGUCCUGGGGCUACCCAAAGCCAUGCAUUUGGUGAUGAGAGAGGCCUGGAAUUGUGGGGGCUGGCCUGGUGGGGAAUAGACAGAGGGAAUGGGACAGCCCUCGGCUCUGAACUUCACAGGCCUCCAGCUCUGGCCACUGAAGCCGGAGGCUCUGGUUCCAACCCACUCUUUGUGGGCCAGGAAGCCAGUCACAAUGGCUGGGACUGGUGCCGGCAGCUGGUCUGGCCAGCGGAGCAGGAAAGCUCUUCACCAUCCGGCAGAGGGGGCGGCCAGCCCUCUGGUGGGCCCUUGACUCCCGAAAGGAUUAAAGCUGCUGUGUUCUGUCUCCCCGUCCGUGCAGAAGCAGCUCCAUGAAGAGCCUGGGCCUCCCCAGACGCCUUUGUGGCAACCUUCUGUCUCCAGUCCUCUGUCCUGACCUUCUACCUCCCCGCUCAUCCCCUCCUCUGGAGCAGGCCUCAGACAGACCAGGGACUGCUCAGCCCUUGGACGUUUGCCUGGGGCCUCCCAGCCUGAGCCAGGCUCGCCUGUGAUAAGUUCCACAUCCCAUCCUCAAACGGGUGCUUUCUUUGUUCCUUGAAGGUCAUGCCUCCAGGAAAAGCCUUGGCCGCUAUUGAUUUUUACAGAUCUACAAAGAUUCCAGGCCCAGAAUGCCCAGUCCUCCUCAGGGCCCUGAAAAGGAGGCCGAGGGAAAGGGUGGGGAUAGGAGGUGCCCUCAGGGUCUCCCCCUUCACUGUGUGUGCAGCCCCAAACCUAGGUCUGCAUUCCUGCCUUUGUUCAUCCACAGGCCUAUCAGCACUGAUGGCUUGCGCUUUGUAGGCCUGAGCCGGUGCUGC